ACCCAAUUCAUGUUACAGACUCACAUGUAGAAAGUUGAAUUCUCUCAUAACCCGAUCCUUCAAAUUAGCAAACAGGCAUGUGUUAGUAUAUUGGUUAGUCAUGAAUUAUGUAUUCUUUUGAAUUAUAUGAACCAACUAAGAGUUUAAAGCACAUAUAGCCUCCAUUAGAAGCAAAGUCGACCAGUGAAGUAAUAGAACAACAGCAACUCUGAGCUCAACACUGGUCGAAAAUGGAAGACUACCAUGGAAGAGCCUCUGCAUCGGUUUCAGUUCCAUUCAAUUGGGAGUCUCAACCAGUCCACAAAUAACAGGGACAGGCCUAAAACGAAAAUCAAGAACUCGAAAUCUCUUCUUUUACUCAACAUUUUCCCAAAGCUGCGAUCAAGAAAAGCAUCAACCCCAUCAUCACCGGCCUCUUCUUCUUCUCCAUCAAAUUCAAGGUCGUCGUCAACAUCAUCAGCUUCUUCUGUGACUUACUAUUCGGUGCCGUCUUCUCCUGUGAGUACACCGGCGAGAAAUCACUGCGCACGAGGUCGAACAUUGCCGAGCCCUAGGGUACAACCGGAAUUCGAUUCAGGGAUGCUGUAUCCGCAUGAGUAUGGCUAUGGCUCAAGGGUUUCAACUACUACUACUUCAGGUAAUUGUUAUUCGCACUUGAUCAAGGUAUUGCUUAGGGAAUUUCACCAGUAAGUACGUGUUGGAGUACUUCGAAGUUAGAAGAUUAAUGAUCGAUCAAGGAAAGCUUUUGGUUUUGUUUUAGAAGAAACGUACGCGUAUAUGCAUGUUUGCAGUAUGUAAAACCAGAUUGAUACUUCGAAUUUGAUCAAAAUGUCAAAUUAAUGAAGCUCAGCUUCCCACUGGUUCUUAACACCUUCAA